UGCAGAGUGUGUUCGACUUUGAGUGCGAUAUUUCAUUUUGAUAGUAAUCUAUUUAUUCAAAUGAUAAUUAAUUGUUUAAAAAGUACAAUAGAUAAUCAAGUCCUGAACCGAAAAAAUGAAAGACAUUACGCAUUAUUUUAUCGAUCUGCCAAAAAAAGCGGAAAGCGCGCCGGCGGAGAUGAAAGAGGUUAGAGCGGAGCGCGCCAAAAUCGAGGAGGUGGAAGCCACGUCCACGGAGAAGACAAACGGAGAGUCUGCCAGUGUCAAGCCCAAGAAGAAGCGCGGGCGAGUGAAAAUCAAACUAUCCCUGAAGUCCGAGGAUGACGUCCCCUGUGACAACAUUGACAACUCGAGCGAUCCCGUCGAAAAGACGGCCAGUUCACACGAUGAAAAACCGAAAAAAAGGCAGAGAAGCUCGGGUGUAUCUCCGCUUGCGGCAACAGCCAGUGCCAAGUCAUCUUCGGAGGACACUUGCCAAAAACGGAAGAAAACUGAUGCUCCCGCGACUCAGGAGAAUGAGAAGCCAGACCAGGUUAUUCCCAAAGAGUUUGCCGAUUCGUUCUCAAGCGCAGACCUAAUUGAUAACAAGAAAAGAAAAAAAGAUGACGAGGAUAUAUCAAGCAAAAAGAAAAUAAAAACCAAGCACACCGAAAAAUUGAUAGAUUUAGCUGACAAAAAAGGCUAUUUGAAAAGAAAAGUCAGGGAGGAAGAAGAGGCAGCUAAGAUCGAAAAAAGAUUUGAAAAGAGGAAAAAAUUGUUUACGGAGUCCAAUAAAAAUUCAGAAAGAAUUCAGUGUGACGAGGACACCUCCAAAAAUGAUACUCCAAAUACAAAACGAAAUAAUUUACUGAAUUAUUUCAGUAAAUCAACUCCUGAACAGCUUGAAAAAGAAAGACAAAGAAACGCUAAAGUUACAGUUAAAGCACAAGUUCACACACCUAGUAAUUCACCGGUGCCUGUAGCUCCAGUCUUUGAUAAAAAAACAAAAAAUUUACCAAAAAAGAAAAAAUCUAAACACCAAGAUAAUACCGACGAAAUUGUUGUAAUUGAAUCCGAAACUGUCAUAUUAUCACCACAAAGUGAAAAAACUUCUCCUGAAAAUAAUAAGCCAAAGUGGUCAUUGAAAAUUCAACUUCAGUCCAACCACGUUGAUUCGUUUGCUGAAGAUGAAGAAAUUUAUAGCCCAACUUUAAAUUCCAAGUCGCACAAAGAAUAUGGAGAUAGGGACAAAAUUCCCAAAGUAUUAUUGCCUAUGAAAAAUAAGAAGAAAGAAUUGAGUAUUUCUUCAAGUAACAAUAAUAAUAGUAUUAACGACAAAGAUGACAAAAGUGGUCAAAAAAACCUUAAAACAGAAAAGAAAAAAGUCAAACAGCAUUUGAAAGUUAAUAAAGAAGAAAUAUCUACGUCUGAUAAUAAAACAGCAAAUACUGAAGUUGAUAAAAAAAACAUUACUGAUGGUGUUGAAGAUGCCAUAAUGAUUCAUGUAAAUGGCGUUAAACAAUCCAAAAAUACUGAGGAUGAUUGUCAAAUAAUUAAAGUCAAAACAAACCAGCCCGGAAAACUAGCGCCGUUAUUUAAGAAGAAAGCCAAACCAAGUGCUGAAAUGGUAGCUGCGCGACGCUUAUUUUUACAGUCCGACAUACAAGAGACAACUAAUGAUAAUGAGUCACGAAAACUCGCUCCUGCCGUACCUUCUGUAUUACCUUUCCCUAAAAUAAGCCAUGUUAAACAGUUGCCUCUGAACAGUGAUAGUUUGAGCAAGAGUUACAAGUUUUCUUUAAAAAGUGUAACAGUAGAACCUUUUUAUGAUGUGUCACUCAUGAAAACUGUCACCAGUCUAAGUCAAAAAGAAAUCAUUUCAGAUUCUGUACACAAGUGUGUGAAAUCAGACACUGAAACGAUUUUGUCUGAGAUCGAAUCAGACUGUCCAGGGGCAUCAAGUUUGUGGAAAACUUUAUCAGCGAUAAAAAAGACUGAAAUUCACAAAAAACCUCAAAGAGGAAGAAAAAAAUCUGAGAAAAAGAGUUCCAAACAUGAUACCAUUCAAAAUGAAUUGUUAAAUAACCCGUGGACUGAGAAGUAUAAGCCAAACAGUAGUACAGAGAUAGUGGGAAAUGAAGGAGCUGCUCAGAAAUUAAAAUCUUGGUUAGACAAUUGGAAAUCGUUAAAAACUAACGAGGACUAUAGCAGUGGUGAAGAAUUUUGUAAUUCCGACGGCAGUUCAUCAACUAAUUUUAAAAGUAAUCAGGUCGCUGUUUUGAUUGGACCUCAUGGUAGUGGAAAAACAGCAAGUGUUUAUGCCAUUGCUCAAGAGCUUGGUUAUAAAGUUUUAGAAGUCAACGCUUCAUCGAAAAGACCCGGUAAAAAAAUUUUAAAAGACUUUGAGGAAGCUACCAAAUCGCAUAGGGUGAAAGAGACAAGCUUGAAAGAUAUGUUUACGUCUAAGUCGAAAGAACCGGAAGAGAAAAAAAAAAUUUCGCAAAACUCUUUGAUUCUUAUGGAAGACGUUGACCUGGUUUUUGAAGAAGAUGAAGGUUUUGUGUCGGCAGUAUUUCAGCUGGCUUCGAAUACGAAAAGACCGAUCGUUAUGACCCUGCAAAAUACAUGCUUCCAUCUGGGUAAAAUGGCACCUCAACAACUUCGAAUUGAUUUUAAUCCAGCGUUUGGUAAAAGAGUAAUGGCGUUGAUGCGUCUGAUUGCAUUCGCUGAAACUCAAUGCAAAUUGCCACAGAGCUGCGUAAAUAUUCUUUGUCAAAGUGGAGAUUUGAGAAAAGGUAUCCUGCAGUUGCAGUAUAUCUUGUUAUCAGGUAAAGAACACAUUCCAUCUAGAACUUUGAGUUCAAACAAUAUAUCUUGGAAGGACAUGCUUACGCAAAUUUAUAAGCCAGCAACCAAAGCUGAAAAAAGGGAUAAACAAACAAAUGAGGGUGCCAAGUGUACAAAUAGUGCCUUAAACAACUUGGCAAAUAAUCUGGACAGUUUUUCUGUGAUGUCAACUUUUAUGGACAUUGAAGAUCCGACUUUAAAUUUACCAACCUUGCAAUCAGAGCCUAGCUUAUCACUCGCUGAAAACAUGAACUGUUAUUCUCAUCUUGAUGGUACUAGUCUCGAAAUCAGUAACUGGAUGAGCGAUUCAGUGAGAAAUUUAAAUUUGAAUACAUCAAAGAAGUUGAAAGAUCAGAUGGUAAUAAGCGGUUGUUCAACAUUGAAGAAACAACAAAUCUUAGACGUAUAUUCAAAGCUAUCGAACGUUACAUCAAAUCAGUUGGACCGACGGGUUCUAGUUUUAGAUUAUCUAUCCAGUACUCGAACUAUAUGCAGAGCUGAGGAAAUUCGACGGCAAUUGAAUAGUAAGCGAGGCAAUCGGUUUUUUCAUUAUUUACAAGGUUCAAAAAUAUCAAAUGCGGUAAUGAGGACAGGCAAUACUUUGAUUUUUGGAUGCAAAAUGUUGCAAGAAAAACCUGUAGUUGGAGAAAGUUGACCAUAGCAUCACGAGAAGCCUAAUUAACUUGUUUCUUACAUUAACUAUAGUUUGUAAAAUAUGUAAUAUAUUUAAUUGAAUUUUGGAAUAUUUUUAUUGUUGAGAAAUAUAAAGUCUUAUGAAUGUAAUUAUUAGUAAAUUUAAAGAUGUAUUUUUUAAGAGAGGAGUCAAAAUUUAGAUUUUGAUAUGACAAAUUAGUCUCGCAAUAUGUAUUUUUUGAAUGAAUUGAUUAUAAAUGUAUUAAAAACCCGAAUG